AUCGUGUUCUUGGUCUUUAUCUAUUAUUUAGCAAGCUAAACAAUUAUUUCCACUCCCCCGACUCGGACACAGUGGAUCUGGAGCAGAGCAAAAUAACGAGCUGACACAGCAGCCAUGUUCAUCUAAUGAACGAACACUGAAGAAAGCAAGAGGGGUGGGAGAACAAUGUGAUGAAGAAGUCAUAAUCCAGGGACCGUAUACGCAUUUAAGGCAGCAUGCAGUCAAAAUGUCAUUUACUAACGCUGAACUGAGAGGAGUAGAGGAUGAUAUGGUUACUGCUAAACUUCAGCGCGGCAUGCGCAAUCUACGGCUGAAGCUUACAUCAGAAGCACGAGAACGGGAACAGCCCAGCUUGGCUGUUCAGCGUACACUUCCAUCUGAGCAGCUCAAUCCAACCGAAGCUGCUAUCGAUAGGAGAGACAAGGACAUAGAGCAUGGCGAUGAGGUACAGUUAGCGUCCGCUUACUCUUAG